GACUGCUCGACGGCGUUGGCUGGCGGACACUGUCCACCGACACUCGCUGAAGAGACUCAUUCGCUACCUGCAAGCCUGCUGAAGACGGACGCCAGUCUCUCGGUCCAGCGAGGUCGCCGUCAAAAUGCUGUCGUGGACCGCAUUGGCUUUCACGUUGCUCGCAGCCACAGAAGCAGUCGCAGUGCCAGAAGCUCAACUGGAGCGCGAUACUCUUUGGGCUCGCCAGUAUGGCGCGAAGUGCCCAGAUGCGGACUACGAAACACAGUGCGGAAUGGGCUACGACUACACUGGCUUCACAAAAGACCAACAGGAACGAGCUGAUGGAAUCGUGGAGAUGUUCCGCCAUGCCUGGAAUGGCUACUACACGUAUGCUUUCCCGAACGACGAUCUUUUGCCAAAGAACAACUCCUUCCGCAACUCACGGAAUGGAUGGGGCUUGACUGCCAUUGACGGCCUCGACACUGCGAUCAUCAUGGAGCAGCAGGACAUUGUAGACAUCGUGCUCGACUUUGUCCCCACAGUCGACUUCACCAAGAACAACGCCAAAGGUCCGCAAGAUGCUCAGACGACAAGUCUGUUCGAGACCAACAUUCGCUACCUUGGUGGCCUGUUGUCAGCAUAUGACUUGCUCAAAGGCCCCUUCAAGCACAUGGCAUCGGAUGACGCGAAAGUGGAUGCCUUGCUCGACCAGGCCAAGUCGCUCGCUGAUACAUUGAAAUUUUGCUUCGACACUUCUUCUGGUAUACCUGUCAACCUCGUAUACAUUGACAACAAGACCUUCACCGAUAACUCACUCAUGCAAGAUGGUAGCUUGAGUGCUGGCCUUGCCGAAGUCGGGACGUUGGUCCUCGAGUGGCAGCACCUAUCUGACUUGACUGGCGACCCUUCGUAUGGCGAGCUUGCGCAGCGUACGGAAUCAUAUUGGUUCAAAGCACCCGAAAUCUGGCCUGGACUCACAGGAGGUAACUUCAGUAUCGAUACUGGCGAGGUACUUGAUGUUUACGGUGGCUGGACAUCCGGCAACGAUAGUGCCUACGAGUACCUCAUCAAGAUGUACGUCUAUGACCCGGAACGCUACUCCAAUUACAGUGAUCGUUGGAUCGCUGCUGCCGACUCCACAAUCGAACAUCUUCUGAGCCAUCCGGACUCCAGACCAGACCUUACCAUGGCUGGCGCCUUCAGUGGAAAUGUCGUGCAGAACUAUUCGGAAGGUCUGGCGUGUUUCAUUGGCGGCAGCUUCAUCCUCGGAAGCACCGUGUUGAAGAACAAGCGCUACUUAGAACCUGGACUUCAAUUCGCAGAGUUCUGCGCAAACGGCUAUCGCUAUGCCGCAAGCGGUAUUGGACCUUCAAUCUACAGCUGGAAUGAAACGAUACUAAGCAACGUAAACUACACCAAUCAGACCGAUCAGUACCAACGAGCUGGCUGGUUCAUCCCAGAGAACCUCGCACUUGGAGGUGGGCAGGCGCCAGAAGCAGUCGAGUCGUGGUACUAUGCCUAUCAAGCCACAAACGAUCAGUACUGGCGAGACGUGGCUUGGGCAUAUUCUCUCGCGCAGAACAAAACGCUGAGGAUUGGAUCGGGCUUUGCCAGUAUCACCAAUGUCUUGCGGGAAGACGGAGGCGAGCAGCGAAACUUCAUGGCGAGUUACAUGCUGGCGGAAGUACUCAAGUACCAGUUCAUGAUCCAGUCGCCGAAGCAAGGCAUUUGGGACGUCAUAUCAGGUGAUGAAAAGGUGAACCACUUCGUGUACAAUACCGAAGCGCACCCUUUUCGGGUCGCGGCGAGGAUUCCUGUCUGACUGGAGCAUGUGUAUCUGCUUCUCGUGGCGUCCGAUUCUGCCAUGCAAGAGAUGGACUUUGAUGAUUCGCAGAGUAACGC